UCCGCCACCGAGCAGGAAUCUUCCGGGAGCCACUCAUCCCACGCCGUUGGCAGCCGAACGGAGGUGGAGGCUGCAGGGAAGAGAGAGGAACAGCCCGGGUGGAAAUUGCUCGCCAGGCGCACCAGAAAGUUCGUGCCAAGGAAAAGUGGUGCAGUGGAGUGAUGGGGCACCCCGAAUCGCGGAAGCUUUCCUGGGGAGCCCUGAUGGUGCUCUGGCUUCUGCUGGAGGAGGCCAUGGGAUCGUCUUUCCCGGAAAGGAAAGGAGCAGGUUGGACCCAGGGGCCUGGAGCCAUCACUGGAGAAAAUUCUCAAAUUGGGGAGCGAAAGAUUCGGGAAACCACAACUGAAGACAAAAGGACACAGAUCAGCCAAGAUUUUUCAGGAAGGAGUUUGACUAUUGACACUCUGACAGACAAUGAAACCCAGAUUGUGGAAGACAAUCACAGCUACUAUUUAUCCCGAAUUUAUGGUCCCGAAGAGAUGCGAGCCAAGGAACUUUGGGUCGAGGUGGCUGAAGCCAACAGGAGCCAAGUAAAAAUCCAUGGAAUCCUCUCCAAUACACACAGACAGGCUUCGAGAGUCAUCCUAUCCUUUGAUUUCCCUUUCUAUGGCCAUUACUUGCGGCAGGUCACCAUAGCAACAGGAGGUUUCAUUUUCAUGGGCGAUGUCAUUCAUCGAAUGCUGACAGCUACACAGUAUAUUGCCCCUCUGAUGGCAAACUUCAAUCCUGGCUAUUCACGCAACUCCACUGUCAAAUACUUUGACAAUGGAACCAUGUUUGUUGUCCAGUGGGAUCAAGUUUAUCUAGAAGGGAAAGAAGACAAAGGCUGUUUCAUCUUCCAGGCAGCUUUGUACAACAGUGGCAGAAUUGUCUUUGGUUACAAGGAGAUUCCCAUGUCAGUGCUUGAAAUUAGUUCUACACAACAUCCUGUCAAAGCUGGUCUUUCAGAUGCUUUUAUGAUCCUUAACUCUUCUCCUGAAUCUCAUCAUCGGACCAUAUAUGAGUACCAUAGAGUGGAACUGGAUACCAACAAGAUCACUAGUGCAUCGGCUGUGGAAUUUUUGCCCCUACCCACUUGUCUCCAACUUCACAACUGUGAAGCCUGUAUGACAUCUGGCCUCAAUUUCAAUUGUAGUUGGUGCCAUGUUCUGCAGAGGUAA